UAAUACGGACUCUUCAUGCGACCUAAAUUGACACAGGUGAGAGAGUAAGUGGGAGUGUGGGAGAGAAAGAUGCAUAGAGUUAGAGAGGGAGAUGAGAGAUGAAACACUGAAUAUCAACUACCACAAAAACCAAAGCCACAAGCUAUACACAAAGAGGGUAUAAAUUCUCACAGAAAAAGAGCCAACUUUAAAGAAGCAAAGAACAGAGAAGAAGAUCAAUGGGGAUGAGGAGCAAUAGUAAUAAAGGAGGAGAAAUUAUUCAAGUUGAAGGGGGCCACAUUGUGAGGUCCACAGGGAGAAAAGACCGCCACAGUAAGGUCUACACCGCCAAAGGACCACGCGAUAGAAGGGUCAGGCUAUCCGCCCACACCGCCAUCGAAUUCUACGACGUUCAGGACCGUCUCGGCUACGACCGCCCCAGCAAGGCCGUCGAUUGGCUCAUCAAGAAAGCUCAGCCCUCCAUCGACAAGCUAGCCGAGCUUCCUCCCUGGCACCCACCUCUCUCAGCCGCCCCGCUGCAGCAGGAUCAAGAAGAAGAGGAGGAGGAGGAGGAACAUAAUAAUGAUAUUAUUAAUCAGCAAUUCCAUUCGUCUUCACACUUGCUUCAGAUUCAGCAACAGCAGCAACAAAACCUUGAAACUGACCCCAUAGCUUUCUUCCCUACAAGCUCAGCUACUCCCUCUAUGAAUUUCCAAAACUACCCUCACGAGAUGAUUUCAAGAACCGCCAACAACAACGUUAACCCCAUUACGGAAGAUCUUGGACUUUCACUCCACCCGUUUCAACAAGCACCUUCCAAUCAACAUCAAGGUACUCUCUUUGCUGCUGGAUCCAGUAACAACGUCGGAUUUGAGAGCCAGUAUCAGAAGAUUGUAGCUUGGAACAACGAAGCUGCUACCAUGGAUAUCAACAGGGUAGGGUUCAUGGUGAACCCGCAGCAGAAUCAUCAUCAUCAUCCAUUUCUAAGCCAAAGUGUGAGUGGGUCCCUUCAGUCAAGUUUUCCACCACCAUCACUUAGAUCUUGGGGUGAAAUUCCGAUGAACCCAAACUCCUCGGAACAACAACACAGCAGGCCACAACAACUGAUUCACCAUGCUUCCAUAUUUGGAAGCAGGUUUGUUUCUGAUGGAUUAGCAGCAGGGUUUUGCAUUCCAGCUAGAAUUCAAGGCGACCAAGAGAACCAUCAUGGAGUUGCUUCUAACACCACUCCAUCUUCUGCUUCUCCUCAUUCUCACCACUGACCCAUGGUUUUGAAUUGCCGUACAAAUAUAAUUGCAGUUACUUGCUUAAGCAGACGGAAUUCACUCAACCAAUUGCGGCCUUUUCUACAAUUUAGCAGCUUUCACAAGUCUCAGGUACUGCAGUUAAUAAUUUUUAUGUAAUUUUGCGCUUAAGAACACCAAAAACAUUUUGGCAAUGUAUUUAAUUUCUCUUCUAUGUGUCGGCUUCUUGAUCAAGUAACAGUGUAACGCUGUCAAUGAGGAUUCAUGACUAUAACCUAUAUGUGUAUGUCUUUAUCUCUUCUUGUAAUAUAUUUUUAUUUGUUUAGAGUAGUGUAAUAUAUAGUUAGGGUUAGCAAUAUUAUUCAUUUUCA